GAAGGCCCGUUCGAAAAGCCAACCUUUCUGAGUCAUUGUAUCAUUACUCAUCGAUUCGACAUUCUCUUGGCUGCAUAUAUUCCGCUGCAAUAUGCCUGAAACAACGGCUAAAGGAGCUGUGGCUGCCGAGAAGCUUUGCCAGCGCUGUCUGCUGCUCUCUUUUGAUAACAGUGCAAUAAUCGAUGCACCACCACCACAAAAAUACCUGGGGCGCGACGACAUGGAUCUUGAUGAAUACGGCAUCAUACCUCUCAGUUUCACGCUGGACGAUGUGUUGCCCGAAUUACCUGAGCUCGGCAGAUCCAUCGCCGCUGGCUGUCGCAUGUGUCUCUUCCUCAAAAAGGUCAUACUAGCUGACGUGCGAUCGACUCCAAAUUUAGCCGAGAACACCGAUAGCUUGCAACUCAAACUUACCGAAUUCCAUCCUGAUCUAGGUACCGUUCAGUAUGCAAACGGACGAGAAGAUUGGCUGCCGUACCACAUCGAUGGAGAGUUGCGCAUUGGGGCGACAUCACGGACGAUUAGUAUUCAGGCCAAGCAUAGAACAGAUGGCCUCUACACGGGAUUUCCAGAUCCCAAUCCGUUAUCUGAUCAGUCGAUCCGGAGGAUAAAAACGUAUCUCAAUACUUGCACCCGAAACCAUGACACGCAGCACUCGGAGUGUGUAUACAUGGGGAAAAUCGCUGCUCCUCUGAGACUCCUGAACAUUUCAGAUAGUAAAAUUGUUUGGCUGGAGGAGACAGACGGCAAGAAUCUGCAAUAUGUCAUUUUGAGCUACUGCUGGGGCCCCUCAAGAACCGUCUUCGAUGCCCGAACUGUCAUGGCAAACCUCCCAGACAGACUCAAAGGGUUCCCUAUAAUCACACUCCCCCAAACACUUCAGGACAGCAUCGCUCUCGCCCGCCGGCUCGAUGCCUCGCACAUAUGGAUAGAUGCGCUCUGCAUCGUACAGGAUUCGGGCGAGUGGAUAUAUGAGAGCCAGCGAAUGAUGCAGUAUUACGAAAUGGCACUGUUCACCAUUGUUCCGAUCGAUUGCAGCGGAGGAGAGCAAGGGUUUUUGAGGGAUCGACCAGAAUGGGUCUCAGACGUCAUCGACUGGAAGGGUUCACCGAGCCACCUCCAGUUCAACUUCCCUUCGUUUACAGGGGUGAAUGAGAACGGAUCUGCAACCUCGUCCCCAUGGGCAAGUCGUGGCUGGACAUUUCAAGAGCGACUUUUGUCUUCGAGGCUGGUCUUUAUCGGCCAGGAUGAAGUAAUAUUUCGGUGUCGUGCUGGAUAUGGAAGACAUGCUUCUCAGUCUCCCAUCAUGCUGGAGUCUCUUGGAAGUUACUUCGUUCCCUUGUCCCCUGCUCACGCAUCAACAUCCAAGGACUGGAAUAGUGUUGAGAUGAUCCGAGACAAGUGGUAUCAGCUUGUCAGCGAGUACUCACAGCGGAGUCUAACCCAGCAGAGUGACAAGCUCGUUGCAUUGUCUGGCGUCGCAUCCAAGAUCAACCAGUUACUCGGUAGCCACGAAAAGUACGUGGACGGAAUCUGGGAGUCGGAUCUAUGGCACGGUCUCACAUGGAGGAGAGUGCCAGUACGAGGAAAGCCUUCUUGGCCAACAGUCAAAUCAGACAUCUUUCCGUCGUGGUCAUGGUGUGGCAUGAACCAACCAUUGAUCUGGCAAGAUGGCACUGCUUCUGUCAACGAUGUCAGGCUGAUUGAGAUUGUCCGAGACCCGACAGCGAAAGUGAAGAUGAUUGUCUUGGAGGGUUGGGUCUUUUCGGUUCGAGUGCUGGCGACGCAAACACCAAAGGACAUCGAGAUCGACUUCUAUCUCGACCAGCUCUCCAGCUCGCCCGCUGAUUUAUUCGAACUUGCGGGCGUGCGAAUUGUCCUGGUACAGGCAUAUCUAGAUGGAGAUGACAGAGACGAGUGGAAGCGUACUCCAGCAGCCAAACCACAUGACGCGUGCGGACUGAUCCUAAAGGCAACUGGAGAAAGCCACGGGGGCCAUCCGGUUUACCAGCGACUAGGUGUUGUUGACAUUCUCCUUGGGUUUGGCUCUGAUCCGAUGAGCGAUGAAGAGUCUUGUGCGGGGGGCAUUGAGAAGACAGUCGGGGGUUUGCUAUACCAAGAUAUGUACUCUGGAAAAGAAGUAAUUGUCUUGGCUUAAUGGGAUCAACUUAUCAACCAUCGCACCGAGAAAUAUGGCAUCUACUCUCCAACAAUACCCCAACGCACGGGUAUACCAGGAAAGAUUUCGAAUCCUGGGAAUGCCGCGCAUGCUGGGAGAGCCCCAGAAAUGCUCACGAUAACUUCAGCGCUACGGACUAUGGUAGGGUAAUAACUCAACCGGGGAGGAUUUGCGACCUCGAUAAGAAACAAGUUUGCC